GUCCUUAUCAAGACGGCUCCUGCAGGCACACUGAAUGAAGACUCACGAAAACAAAUGCUUCAGGCCUAAAGCAGUUCUUGACCCUGUGCUGCGUAAACACGAACACGAACACGAACACGAACACGGCAGCCUGUUACCGAUGAGAUGGAGACCGCGCGCGAAGUGGUCGUGCUGGACUCCGACUCGGACGACAGUGACACGCGCGCCAAGGAGAACCGUGCGGCGCCCAUCUUUGGCAACGACGAUAGCGGGCUACCGAGCUGUCCCAUUUGCCUCACGGACAUCCUGGAGCCACAGGAGAAAGCAGUCACAGGUUGCCAGCACACCUUCUGCCGCUCCUGCCUGGGAGAAUGGCUGCGUGUGAGGCGGUUCUGCCCGCUUUGCAAGCGCCGUGUCCACCGCUACGUAACCGGCAGCCGCGGUGACGGCUCCCGCACAGAAGUGGCGGUGCCGCCCUCGCCGCCCGCACACGAGCAGCGCCAUUACCGGCAGCAGCACCUACAGCACGAGCACCACCACUACGUGCACCACGUGCUGCACGUGCUGGGGCUAGGUGCUGGCGGCGGCGCAGCAGCAGCAGCAACAGCAGCAGCAGGCGCGGGCGGCGGUGGGGCGGUGAGGGCGGCGGGAGGCAGCGGCAGCGGUCUCAGCGCUGCUGAGCAAGAGGAGAUGCUGAGGGAGCUUCACCGCAUUGCGGACAGCAUGGCGGGCCGCCACCGGCAUGGCCGCGGUGGCGGUACAGGCAGCGCCGGUGCCGCACCCCGCUUCCGCUCCGGCGGGAUGCUGCAUCAGGACGGCGCCGCUGGCGGGGACGACGCCCAGGAACGUAGCCGCUACGGGUACUUCCGUCCUACGCGCCAGCAGCCGCAACAGCCGGAGCCGGAGCCGCAGCCGCGGCCCUACUACUUCCGAGUGCAGCAGCGGCUGCUGGCCACGUCCGGGGCAACGUCGGCCUCUGGCGGCGGGGCCGCAGGUGCUGCUGGUAGUGGCGGCCGCCAUGCAGCUGCCGCGGCGGGGCCAGCAGGCGCAGCCGAAGGCACUGGCGGUGUCAUGCCGGGAUGGCAGCUCGCAGGGCAUCAGUCCGCCGCAGCGGCGGCGGCCGCGGCGGCGGCGGCGGCAGAGGCCGCAGUGGUGGGAGCCACGGGCGGCCGCGGCGGAGCGGCGGGCGGCAGCUUGGCGGGAGUGGCAAAUGGCGCGGCUGCAGACCCGGCGCUGGCGUCUGCUGCAGCCGUGGUCACACGCCGCCGCGUGUACGAAUUGAGGCUGUGGGCGAACGGCGUCACGACAGCGCAACCAGCCCGGAGUGGGCGCGGGGCGGGUGGUGGCCUGGGCGCAGCGGGUGGGAGCGGGAGCAGCACCGCCCCGUGGACGUCGGUGCGGCCGGGGACGGCACUGCCGGCUGCGGCGGCGGGACCUGGGGUGGGUGCAGGGGCGCAGGAGCUGAGCCGCGCGCGGAGGGAGCUGGUGGAGGCGUGGGCGGCGCGGGACCUGCAGGCGCUGCUGCUGAGCACGAAUCUGACCCUGCUGCGUGCGCUGGUGUCUGGGCUGAUUGAUGCAUGGGGCCUGCGUCGGGACUGGGCCACUGAGCAUGCCUGGCGGCACCCGCAUCAGGAGCAGCAGCAGCAACAGGAAGCGGGCGCACGUGACAGUGCUGGCGGCGGUGGGCGCGCUGCGGCCACAGGCGGCAGGGACGAGUCCAGACCUGGUGCAGGCGGCAGCAACCGGCGCCGGCGCUCGUGGGACAGUGGUGACGACAGGAGGGGCGCGCAUGGCAGCAGCCGGCGCGGCGCAGACCUGGACCGUGGGCAACGAGCCGGCGCGGGCUCAGGCAGCAUGGAGCGGGAAGGCGGGCACCUUACCCGCGAGCGCGGCAGCCGGUCAAGCCCGCAGCAGGCUGCAAGCGACGCAGCCGGCGCAGCCGAUGGUACCGGCAGCCAAGGUUUGGAAGGGCCUGUGGCGGCGCUGCAGCCGUUCCUGUUCGAGCGGGCGGCGCAUUUCUGGCAUGAGAUGCGGUGCUUCGCCCUGUCGGGUCUGUCGGUGUCCGCCUACGACGCCGGUGUCCGCUACAGCGUCGGCCCGCCGCCGCCGCCUGCCGGGGGCGUGGCGCUGCCCGCUCCAGAGCCGCAGCACGCUCACGCCCUCGAUACGCAGCAGCACACACAAGGCCGCAGAACGGCGGUGGCGCAUGCGGACACGGGGCACGGGAGCAGGGCAGCCGUGGGACAGCUGCAACUUCAGGCGCGGCCGCCACGUGCCGCGCUCGCGGCACCGCGGCUGCAGCUUUCGGGCCUGGUCCUGCCGGGGCAACAGCCGACGCCACAGAUAUCGGGGCAGGCGGCGGGCGGUGCCGCUGCUGGUGUUCGCGUGGCGGCACUCGGCGGCGGCGGCAGUGGGCGAGCUGGAGCAAGCCGGCAAACUGUUGCAACCGCUGCUGGCGAGCCCGAGGUCGUGGAUUUGACGCUGGACGAUGAUGACGAUCUUGGUGACAGCAAUCAAGGUGGUAACGCGGCUGGCGGCAGUGGCGCAGCGGGAGCCGCGGGCCGAGGUGCUGAUGGCGGCAGCGCGAUGGGUGACGGCCAACGCGGCAGUGCAGAGAGGCAGUGGCUGCCAGUGGCUGCAGGCGUAAGCUACGUCGAGGGCAGCUGCGUGGGCGUGGCAGGGAAUGCGUUAGCCGUUGGAGGCGCUGGGGAUGCGGGUGCAGAGCCAGCCGCACACCGCAAGCGCCCAAGGCGGUGGGACGAGCAGCCCGCGGCUCCGGUGGCGGCCGCGGCUGGCAUGCCUGCGGAUCCGGCUGUGGAGGCGGCCGCGGGGUCGCGGGGUGGCAACACGGGUACGGAUAGCAAGCGCUCGGGUAGUGAGAGCUUAAGGGCCGCGCCGGAGCAGCCACUUGAGCAGGAUGCGCACGGCAGGCGCCGCAGCAGCAGCCGGCCAGAUGAGAAGCGCAGGAGCGGCGGCGCGCAUGGCAGCGGAGCUGCACACCGGAGUCGCAGCCGGCAUCGGAGCCGGAGUGCGAGCCGGAGUCACGGCGAAGGGCGCAACCGGAGCCAUCACCGGAGGCGCAGCCGCAGCCGGGACAGGGUGGGCGGGCGUGGUUGUGCGGGAAGCGCGCGGCCGAGCAGCGACGCUGACCCGGGCCGGCGCAGGCACAGGGGCCGCAGCACUAGCCGCGGCCGCACAGCCGGGCCGUCGCCACGUCCCCGCAGCCCGCACGGGUCACGCCGCAGCCGGAGCCGCAGCUGCAGCGCCGGCUGGGGCUAUCUGGACCGCCAGCGUGUGUCCUGGCGCAGCCAAUGGCGCGAGGGACCGGUGGACACGCCAGAUGCCGCUGCAGCACAUGACCGCUGGGAGAUGGGCGGCGGGGACACCUACGGCCACAGCCUCCAAGGGGCGCUCCGGCACGAGCAAGCACGACUUGGAGGCAUACACGGGUCUGGCGAACGUCCUGAGCGCUGCAACCGCGAGGUAGGAGAGAGGCCGGGCAGGAGGCCUGCUGACCGGCGGGAGCGGCCUUUGGGAAACCAGCAAGCGCGGGCCGCGGGUAGUAGUGAUGACGACGAGCGAUGGCAGAUGGUGGUGUAGCGUGGCGGAGGUGUGCACACAGUGCACCCGGAUCAGGGGAUGAGUACAUGCGGUUGCUGCACAGGAUCAUGGUGCGCCCGAGGAACAAAGUGCAUGACUGGGCUGUGUUGCAGCACUCGCAUGUGCGCGAGCGCAUGUGUGUACGGGAACAGAUUCUGCAAAUUUGAUGAGGAGAAUGGCGAGGUGGGGUACCGCCGUAUGGGCAGGUCCCAGAUGCUGGUCUGUAAGGGUCUGUAUGAGCAGGAGCGUGGGCAUUGAAGUACAACCGCAUCUGGGUAUGCUCAGGGGGUAGAAUGUCAGACAGCUACUGCAGGAGGCUAUCGCGUGUCCAUGCGGUUCGGUGCUGGCCUCACAAGUAGGGGUUAUCCGCCCCCUCCGCGUGCGGGUGGGCCGGAGGAACGGAUCCCCUGGACGGCAAGGGCUAGGCCGUGCAAAGGAAGUAAUGUAUAGGAUGGGACUGGGAGCAUGAAGUGGAGAAAGUCUCGAACAAGCCACACGUCUGGUCUGCGCCUGUCGAUGUAGGCGCUAUGUGAGUUCAAACUUUGAGCUUUCCGGGAAGUGUUGUAUCCACGGGCCUCCGGCUGGCGCCAACCGAGCCGUAGCGACAGACACU